ACAUCCGGGAACUCCAGAUCCAAGCCUUUUGUUUACAGUGUUGCCCCUUCAUGAACAUAUCCAAGGGUUCCUUUGUGAAGACUUGACGUUUUUAGCGUUUCGAGAACACAUUUUGGCGCUUUCGUCUCAGGAUGGCUACUGUUUUGAACGACGGAAGGAACGUGAUAAGGUUUAACAACAGUGAAGGCCAGACACUGCUGGAAAAUUGGGUAGAAGAGAGACAAGUUCAACAUCUGGAUGAAUAUGUGCCAGAGGAGGGAACUACAGAAACUCUAAGCACAGCCCAGGUACACAGACAUGGACACAAGGGUCUCCUGACUACCAACCUGGAGGCACACCCAGAGAAAGUCACCACCUUCAGACACUCUUAUACUGCACCUGACAAAAGUGGUGUCAGAACUGUCGGAAAGAGGGAACAGUUACUGACCCAGGCUCUGUACCAGAAAGUGAGUGAAGAUGUUCACCAGGAGUUUAACCCACCCCCUCCUCCAGUCGAGUACAAGUCUGUGACUGCCAAGGACUUCUGGGAUGACAACUUUGUCCCCACAAUGCCUGAUCCCAUCAAGGACCAUAGUGUGGAAAGGGAACAGCCUAUGACAUUCUGGUCACAACACAAGGACAAGAUCCAUGGAGUUUCACAAGUCAAGACAAUGGACACACCCUUCAGAAAGAAUGCUGCCUUUAGUACACCAAUUGAAGAAUACAAGGAUCAACCUAAACCAUAUGAACAGGAGCAGUAUCCAUAUAUGUAGAUAUAUUAAGUUGUUGGCUAGACAGAGAAAUUGUUACAAUAUAAUGCUUAGCUUUCUGUAAGGAAUUUUGUGUACAAUCCGCUUGAAGCUCAUUUUAUCAAACAUAUUUUUAAGUGUAUUGCAGUGGCCAUACACUUUUUUGUACAGAAAUGACACCAAGACUUCUAAAAUCAAUAUGAUUUCUUGUCAUUUUGGUUUCAUUCUCCAUUUGAUCAUCUGUUCAUUUAUUCCUUCAUCCAUCCAUCCAUCCAUUCACCCAUCUACAAAUUACAAUGACGAUUUGGCACCCAUAUGUAGAUCAUAGGAAAUGUUCAAACACCUAUUUUUUUGUACAUAGGCUACCACUUACUCAGUAGGUCAACAGUGUGUCAUAUUUGACACAAUCAGUCUGUUGUUGGCAGUGUAUAUGAACGUAUGACUCAAAACUAUCUCUUAUGACUAUCAUGACCUAUAUGUUGACACAUGUUGUAUACAUUUUGUAAUGGAACAAUUAAAUACAAACAUUUAUAGGUGGUCCCACAUUGAAUAAAGUCACAGCACAUUGAA